GUUACUGAUGCAUAAUGAAUUUAGAUAUUUGAGGAAUGAAGAAGAAGAGAUAUAUCUUGGUGUCUCAUUGAUGUGCCAUGAGUCAUGACAUGAAAUGAAAUAACAACAAACAAGACAAGGAUGUAUGCACCCACAGGAAAGUUAGAGAACAUAGAGAGAAGAUGAGAGAGAUAAUAAGUAUUCAUAUUGGACAAGCUGGAAUUCAAGUGGGAAAUUCAUGUUGGGAGCUUUAUUGUCUUGAGCAUGGAAUUCAACCUGAUGGCUUGAUGCCUAGUGAUACCUCACCUGGUGUAGCACGCGACGCAUUCAACACCUUCUUCAGUGAGACCGGAUCUGGAAAGCAUGUGCCAAGAGCCAUAUUUGUUGAUCUGGAACCUACUGUUAUCGAUGAAGUAAGAACUGGUCCUUACAGACAACUCUUUCACCCUGAGCAAUUAAUUUCCGGCAAGGAGGAUGCUGCUAAUAAUUUUGCAAGGGGACACUACACCAUUGGAAGAGAAAUUGUUGAACUAUGCCUCGAUCGUAUCCGAAAAUUAGCAGACAGUUGCACUGGAUUGCAAGGAUUCUUGGUAUUCAGUGCUGUUGGUGGAGGUACUGGUUCUGGUUUGGGAUCAUUACUUUUGGAACGAUUGUCUGUAGAUUAUGGCAAAAAGUCUAAACUCGGCUUUACCAUCUAUCCUUCUCCUCAGGUAUCUACUGCAGUUGUUGAACCUUACAACAGUGUUCUUUCCACGCAUUCACUUCUUGAGCACACUGAUGUGGUUGUACUUUUGGACAAUGAAGCAAUAUAUGAUAUAUGCAAAAAAUCAUUAGAUAUAGAAAGGCCAACUUACACCAACUUGAACCGUUUGAUUUCUCAAAUUAUCUCUUCCUUGACCACUUCCUUGAGAUUUGACGGUGCAAUCAACGUGGAUAUUACCGAGUUCCAGACAAACCUGGUUCCAUAUCCUCGUAUUCAUUUCAUGCUUUCGUCUUAUGCUCCUGUAAUAUCCGCUGCGAAGGCCUACCAUGAGCAGAUAUCAGUUCCUGAGAUCACCAACUCGGUUUUUGAGCCGUCAAGUAUGAUGGCUAAGUGUGAUCCUAGACAUGGAAAGUACAUGGCGUGCUGCCUUAUGUAUCGUGGAGAUGUUGUGCCUAAAGAUGUGAAUGCAGCAGUUUCAAAUAUCAAAACAAAGAGAACAGUUCAGUUUGUUGACUGGUGUCCAACUGGUUUCAAGUGUGGUAUAAAUUACCAGCCACCAACUGUAGUACCGGGAGGUGAUCUUGCCAAGGUGAUGCGCGCGGUUUGUAUGAUAAGCAACAAUACAGCUGUUGCCGAGGUUUUCUCUCGCAUUGAUCAUAAAUUUGAUCUCAUGUAUGCUAAGAGGGCAUUUGUACAUUGGUAUGUUGGUGAAGGAAUGGAAGAAGGUGAAUUUUCAGAAGCCAGAGAGGAUCUUGCCGCGCUUGAAAAGGACUAUGAAGAAGUUGGAGCUGAAGGUGAAGCUGGUGAUGAUGAUGAUGUUGAUGACUACUGAAACCUUUCAUCAAUCCUUCAUCAUCAACUCUCUUCUUUUUACCGUCUCUUGUAUCUCUGGCUGUGUAAUAAGUAUUGCUCUUGUGUCCAUUAUUUUUUAGCAUCUUUUUGUUGUGUGCGCUUUGUACUUGUGAAUGUUUCAAGUUAAGAAAAUGUUGAGAAAUAUUUUUUCAUCA